AUCUUCACCAGACUAAUAUAAAAGGCUAGGAGGGUUCAGUUUCAGACUAUAACGCAUUUGCAGUGUGAGUACUUCAUUACUAAAUAUUAUUUAACGUAAGAAAAUGUUAUUUCAAAAAAUGUUAAAGUUUUUAGUAUUUUUCGUUGCAUUGUGUGUUUCAAUAAGCUGUGAAGAAGAUUACUUUUCAACAGACCUUAAUUUGAACACUAAUAUCAGCAGUGAAAAUGUAUUAAAUCUUUCAAAUGCGGGUAUAAAGUACUUAAAAAAGUCUUUCGCCGAGAGUUCAGUUAUUACUCAUGUUUUUCUGAAAAAUAAUGACAUUUUUAAAAUCGAAAAAGGUGCGUUUGAUGAUUUACCGAAUUUGGUGUAUUUAGAUCUGUCUGGAAAUAUUUUUCAGUUUGAAGAAUUGGGAGAAAAUUUGAGUAUUGAAACAUUGGUUCUUGACGCAGCUAUUUACAAAACUCAUGAUGAUUCUUAUGGCUAUUACAAUGAUUAUGAUAAAGUAAGGAUAUACAGAGAAAGAAAAUCGAGUCAAUUAUAUGUUCUAUCUUUGAAUCGAACUAAUUAUUUGCCAAAUCUCAAAAAAUUGUACCUUCGACGGAAUAAUAUAAUGUCUUUAUAUACAGAAAAUUCAUUAACAUUAAAAGAUAUAAUGCCAAAUUUGACUCACUUGUACCUCAACGAAAACCGGCUCUCAUCCGUAAGUUUCAUGAAAACUCUUCCGGCGUCGUUGAGUUAUUUGUAUUUAAACAGCAACGGCAUCUCACAAUUCGAAAGCGGCUUUCUGGAAAAUUUAAUUGUGUUAACUCUCGAUGGGAACCCAAUAAAAAAUCUUUGCGGAAAUUUUGGUUACUGUCAAGGAAUGACCUUGAAAAGUGCAGUGAAUUUGAUAAUUCUGUCAAUUUCUUCAAUGAUGCUAACGAAAAUCGAAGCAGAUUCAUUUGCAGAUCUGGGUAAACUUUUGUACUUAGACAUGUCUCAUAAUAAAAUUGAAACAUUUUUUAACGAGACUUUUGACAACUUGUCAAGCUUGAUGAUCUUAAAACUAGACUUCAACCAACUUAAAUCCGUUCCUAAUAUUAGCGCGAUAAAAAAUUUAGAGAAUUUUUCAAUUUCACAUAAUAACAUCUCUUUAUUAGAAGACUGGCCUUUUUUUGGAUUGUCCAAUCUUAGAAAAUUGAAUUUGAGCUACAAUGAGAUCACCGAAAUUAAAUCGGAAUUCUUCGAUAAUUUAUCUUCGUUGGAAUCAUUGGAUCUCUCUGGAAACAAACUCACAAUUUUACCCGAAUAUUGGAUACUACCGCUAUUUAGCUUGCAGUUUUUGUACUUGCAAAAUAAUUCCUUUUCGAAUAUUUCGAAUUUGGAACUGACAGAGACUGGAAAUUUGAUGUUCUUGAAUAUUGGGAACAAUCCAUUUAAGUUGGUGAGUUUGAGCGGUUUGAGAGCUCUGUCGGAAGAUGCUAUCAUAGACAUGGAAGGAAUGGGUCAUCAGCAACUUGAAAUGGGAUCUUCUUCGCAUUGCAACACUUGUCAACAGCAUUGUUCAAACCGCUAUCAUUAUUCGAACAUCGAACGGGGUAACGAUAGAUGCUUCGAAGCCUUGUGGGGUAAAAAUGGCGAAGAGAGAAUGUCAAUUAAGAGUAAAACUUUUGUUCCAAGGAUUCCUGUGUUCUUUGUUUACACUCGAGAACCUAAUCCGCCGUACGACUUUAACAUUGACAAGAAAAUUCGAUCUGUGUUCAAGAAAAACGGUCUUAAAACGCCAAAUAUGGUUAAAUCUGAUAAUGAAAAGUGCUGCAGACAUUUGUUUGAUUAUGAUGUUUGUGAAUCCUCCCUUUCCAAACCUUCGCGAAGCCUCGAUCAGAGGAUUCAGCAAGCGUUUACCGAUCAUGGGCUUGAAAUGUCGCAAAUGAACACCACCGAUCUUAAAGAUUGCAGCAAGAUUUAUUCAAACGACGACGUCCAACUUCCAAAAACGUCCAACGUCCAACAUCCAAACGACGUCGAACCACAAAAAGGUGUAUACAAAAUGGUCAAUAAAUUUUAUGCGGAUAGCAUGAACUCAACUUUGACGACGUUUGCCGACUUGUACGUAAAUGAUGACAACAUAUAUUUUACUAACACCAUUCCGCUUAUCGGACGAAUCAACACCCAUUUUCGAGUUCGUUCUUUAGACAAGGAACAUGCCGUAGUGUGGUCUUGCGAAGAUCGCGGAUCUCAACAUAUCGAAUCCGGUUGGGUGUUCACGGCGACUCCAAGAACUCCUUCAGCGGACUUUGAAGAAAAAAUACGGAGAUCUUUUACUAAAUUUGGACUUCAAGUCCCGGAAAUGCACACACACAAUUUAGAGGAGUGUCCUCAGAGUGCAGAUCAAGGAUCUUUUGGAUCUUCUCAAUCUCAUAAGCCUCAUAAAACUCCUUCCAACCACCAGCCUCCUAAACUUUCUUCCUCCAGCCUUCAAACUUCUGAAAUUCCUUCUUCUUCGAGCGUUAAACCUAAAACUUCUUCCUCCAACAUUAAGUCUUCUAAACCUUUGUCAUCCAAUAUUGAACCUUCUUUCUUCAAUAUUAAACCUCCUGAUCCUUCUUCCUCCAACAUUAAGCCUACUAAACCUUUAUCAUCCAACGUUAAGCCUUCUAAAUCUAUUUCCGCCAACAUUAAGCCUUCUGAACCUUUAUCAUCUAACAUUAAACCUUCUGUACCUACUUCUUCCAACAUUAAGCCUUCUGAACCUUUAUCAUCUCACAUUAAACCUCCUGAUCCUUCUUCCUCCAGUAUUAAACCUUCUGAACCUUCUUCCUCCAAUAUCAAACCUCCAAAUCCUUCUUCCUCCAACAUUAAACCUUCUCAACCUAUUUCCUCCAACAUUAAAUCUUCUGAACCUUUAUCAUCCAACAUUGAACCUUCUUCCUUUAAUAUUAAACCUCCUGAUCUUUCUUCCUCCAACAUUAAGCAUACUAAACCUUUAUCAUCCAAAGUUAAACCUUCUGAACCUUCUUCCUCCAAUAUUAAACCUCCUGACCCUUUUUUCUCCAACGUUAAAUCCUCUGUAUCUAAUUCCUCCAACAUUAAGCCUUCUGAACCUUUAUCAUCUAACAUUAAACCUUCUGUACCUACUUCUUCCAACAUUAAGCCUUCUGAACCUUUAUCAUCUCACAUUAAACCUCCUGAUCCUUCUUCCUCCAGUAUUAAACCUUCUGAACCUUCUCCCUUCAAUAUCAAACCUCCAAAUCCUUCUUCCUCCAACAUUAAACCUUCUCAACCUAUUUCCUCCAACAUUAAAUCUUCUGAACCUUUAUCAUCCAACAUUGAACCUUCUUCCUUUAAUAUUAAACCUCCUGAUCUUUCUUCCUCCAACAUUAAGCAUACUAAACCUUUAUCAUCCAAAGUUAAACCUUUUAAACCUUCUUCCUCCAAUAUUAAACCUCCUGAUCCUUUUUUCUCCAACGUUAAAUCCUCUGUAUCUAAUUCCUCCAACAUUAAGCCUUCUGAACCUUUAUCAUCCAACAUUAAAUCUCCUGAUCCUUCUUCGUCCAGAAUUAAACCUUCUGAUCUUUCUUUUCCCAGCAGCAAACCUUCCCCACCUACUUUCUCCAGCAUCCAACCUCCCAAAAAUACUUCCUCCAGCCAGCACCAUUCUAAAUCUCCUUCCUCUGGCCAUCAACCUUCUAAAACUUCUAAAUGUCCUUUCGUACGUUCUUCACCGUACAAUUUAUCAGCGAUGUGUGGAGAAUGGUAUCUGUACGAAAGUAGUCUCAAUGUGCGAAGCAAAGACGAAAGAUGCAUAAAAGUAAAGUUAGAAGAAUAUCCCGUUGGUAAAUUCAAACUCAUCAGUAAAUCUUAUAUAUCUAGCAUCAGCACAACUUCUACAGUUGUCACUGACGUAAUUGUUAAAAACAAGGAUAAUGGAGUUCUUGCAAGUCAUGUUCCGCUUUUUGGUUCUAUAUACAAGCCUGUAACUUUACUCACAGUAGAAAGAGACCAUGUUAUAUUAUAUUCUUGCCAAAUACGCGGAAAUAAACGUGUCGAAUCUGCGUGGGUGUUUAUCAAGUACGCUUCAAGCCCUCCAAUUUGGCUCGACGACAAAGUAGAAAACGCCUUUUUAGAUCAUAAUCUUAAAAUGCCUAAUAUGAAUUCGAGCGAUUACGAAGAAUGUCUUGAUGUGUUUUCAAGUUACCAAUUUGAUCCUGCUCCGACGCCGGAAACCAUGACAAUAUCUUGUUUCUUAAAUAUUACAUGUCUCGCCAAAAAGUGGAGGGAAUUUUUUUUUGUGUUACAAAAAUCAAAAAUAAAAAUGUUACAGUUUAGUUUGUUUUUGAGAAUUUUGUGUCUCAGUUUGGUGCAAGGUGAAAUGUACCGGCUAGAUCCGGAAAUAGAAACGAGUUCUGUUUCAAAUUGUCAAGAAAUUGUUGCAAGCGAUCACGAUAACACAGCUCUGGAUUUAUCUCAAGCGGGAAUAGUGCGUUUAAAAAAAAAUUUUAUUACCAGUUCUACUAUAACUCACAUCUAUUUGAAUGACAAUAAUAUUUGGAAGGUAGAAGGCGGUGCUUUCGAUGGAUUACCAAAUUUAGUGCACGUAGAUUUGACUGGUAAUUUAAUUAAUUUCAGUGAGUUGAUUUUCGGCGAUAAAAUUGAAACGCUGAUUUUGGACCAAGCAAUCAGGAAUGACGAGCAUAGUUUUGCUAUUUUCGAUUCAAAUCACGAAAGCUGUCAAGCUAGCACUUUCAGAGAACGAAAUUCGAGCAGUUCUAAUGUUAUUGAGCUUACAAGUGACUCGAAAUUUGAAAAUUUGGAAGAGUUGCACCUGAGAAAAAACAACAUCGAAUCGAUAGUGCUAAAAAAUGCCGAUUAUUUGGGUAAAAUAAUGCCGAAAAUAAUCCGUCUCUAUUUGAAUGACAACAAACUUACGUCGCUAGAUUUUGCAAAAUCUUUUCCGCCAUCUUUGACACAAUUAUACUUGAACAAGAACAAAAUAUCGGAGUUCAAAAGCAGUUCUUUGUUCAACUUACAAUUUUUGACCGUAGAUGGGAAUAACAUUAAAAAUUUGUGCGGUGGUUAUCAAUACUGUGUAGGAAUGUCAUUGCAAGGUGCAGAGAAUUUGCAAAUUUUUUCGGUUUCAAACAACGGGCUUGAAGAAAUUGAAGCGGAUGCGUUCAAGGAUUUGAAUAGUUUACAGUUUUUGAAUAUAUCUCACAACAACAUUAUCAAAAUUAUGAAGCACACUUUUGAUGAUUUGGAGGCUUUGAUUCAACUAAAUCUCAAUCACAACAAACUGAUGAAUUUUCCCGAUAUCUGUGGGCUCAAAAAUUUGAAAAUUCUGUCUCUACAGUCCAACAAAAUCAAGGCAAUAGGAAAAAUGAGCUUUUGCGGGGUUUCAAAUAUUAUCAAACUCAAUCUGAGUAAUAAUUUGAUCAGUGAAUUAGAUGCGGAAGCAUUCAACAGUUUAAUUGCUCUCAAGGAAUUGGAUCUUUCAGGAAACAAGCUUGAAGCUCUACCCGAUGAUUGGAUUUCUUCGAAAUUAAAUUUACAAUACUUGUAUUUGAACGAUAAUUUUUUCAAAAGUGUCGCGAGUUUGUCGAUAUCUCAAAACACAGUUCUUGAGUUUUUAUUCAUCGGCGGGAAUCCCUUCAAGUCGAUAAAUCUCAAAGAUUUUCCGGGAAAUACUACAGUGGAUAUCGGACGUAUAGGGGCGGGAAAAUCGUCUUCAUCUAUUCCGAGGUCAUUAUUUCGUUUAUCAUUUUGCUUUUCAUUUUCAUUUAUAUAUUUUAAUUUUUAUAUUUAUGCUGCUAUUUCAUUAUUUUUGUUUCUGUGCUGUGUCAUAGUUCGCAGCGAAGUACAAUCGCAAAACCGUUUGGCCGAUUGGACAAUAUUAGACCUAUCACAAUCCGGUCUGAAGCACUUGAAAAACUAUUUCGUGAACAGUUCUUUUCUUGAGCAUGUUAAUUUAAUGGGUAAUGAUCUCGUUGAAAUUGAGAGUAAAGCAUUCAAGGGACUGCCACAUUUGGUCCAUUUGAAUUUGUCGCAUAAUAAAAUUCCGUUUGGAAAAUUCGAUUUUGCUUAUCAAUCAGCUCUAGAAAUUUUAGUCUUGGACCAUGGAUUCGCGUAUUCCAACUGGGAGAACGACAACAAAAUCCAGCUUAGCAGGUCGAUAAUAUUCCCGAAAUUGAAGAAUUUAUAUUUGCGCGGAAAUCAUAUUAUUAACUUUAUACUAUUGAGUGACGUGGUGGCAUUAAGUGAAGUUAUGCCGAACAUUGCGCAUCUUUAUCUCAGCGAAAAUUCACUCAGCUCACUGAAUUUCUUGGAUAAAAUUCCGCAGACUUUGACACAUUUGUAUUUAGACAAUAACAGAAUUUCACACUUUGGAAGUUCCAACAAAAACAACAUUAAAGUUCUGUCGAUUGACAAAAAUGGUUUCACACUAUUAUCCGAUACAAAGGCGAUUAACGGAGGACUGUGUUUGAAAAAUUUCGUUAAAUUGGAAGAAUUGUCUGUUUCCAAUUCGGAAAUUUCCAGGAUUUCACUUCACGCUUUUGAUGAUUCGCAAAAUCUGCGGUACCUUAAUUUGAGUUACAAUCAAAUCUCAGAUUUUUUGAACAAUACGUUUAUUAGUUUGAAGAACUUGACGACUUUGGACCUGGACCAUAACCUGUUGAGAGUUGUACCUAACAUUUGCGCUCUCAAAAAAUUGCAAGUUCUGUCUCUUUCUUCUAACAAAAUAUCUUUCUUGAGCUCGAGUAGCUUCUGCGGAUUACCUAAUUUGAAGAAACUUAUCCUCAGUAACAACGGCUUGAGAACAAUUGGCUCUGACUCAUUCAACAGUAUGUUCGCUUUGGAGAAAUUGGACCUUUCGAAGAACAUGCUUACGGCUUUGCCUCAAAACUGGAUCCCGGCUAAAAUGAAUUUACAGUAUUUGUACGUCAAUGAUAACAAGUUUGUUGAGUUUUCGAAUUUAUCGUUAGAUUCAGCGAAGAAUUUGAAUUCAAAAAUGCUCUUGACAUUUUUACUUCUUUGUAUUUCGUGUUGUGUAACAGCGGAACUGCAAUGGCCGGAAAACGAAAGCAGCAACGAAUCGAAAACAGUAUUGGACCUGUCGAACACCGGAGUAAUGCGAUUAAGAAAAUCUUUUGUCAACAGCUCGCUAAUAACACACCUCUAUUUGACGGACAACAACAUUUGGAAAAUAGACGAGGGAGCCUUUGAUUACCUGCCGAACUUGGUUUACCUCAAUUUAACCGGGAAUUUAAUUCCUCUGGAAGAAUUGAAUUUCGGCGGGGAAUCCUCUAUCGAAACGUUGAUUUUGGACCGCGCUAUAAAUCAGCACAAUAAUUUGGAGUACUACGGUUCGAAUGAUGAUUGCAGCAGAGUCAGAAAUUACAGAGACCAGAGUCCUAAUGUCCAGAACCUUUUCACGCUGUCAAUUUCAGUGAAGCUGCCCAAAUUAAAAAAACUCUACCUCCGUCAAAAUAAUAUCCAGUCGAUCGAUUUACAAAUGGUCCCGCCGCUUACUGAAAUCAUGCCGAACGUUACUCACAUGUACCUCUCCGAAAACAGCAUUGAUUCGAUCCGUUUCGUCAACUAUCUUCCGGCAACGCUUACCCAUUUAUUCUUGGACUACAAUUCAGUAACAAAUUUCGAGGUGGAAUCUCUGAAAAAUUUGAAAACUUUGACGCUAGAUGGGAAUCAAAUCGAAAGAUUGUGCAACAGCUACGAAUACUGUCUAGGAUUGACACUCAAAACUGCCGUGAAUUUGGAAAAUCUCUCAGUUUCAAGAAGUGGUCUUCAAGAAAUCGAAUCAGACGCUUUUGACAACUUGCAAAAUUUGAAAAAACUUGAUGUUUCUGGAAACCAGCUUCACAAAAUAGUAAAACAUACAUUUGAUAACUUGACAAAUUUAACAACAUUGAAGCUGGAUGAUAAUGAGCUUGUAACUCUGCCAGACAUUUGCAGCCUGAAAAAUUUGGAACAUCUCUCGGUGGCGAAUAAUAAAAUCCGGGCAAUAAGUAAAUCGACUUUUUGUGGCCUGUCAAAGUUGAAGGUGCUAAAUUUUAGUGGGAAUGCUUUGCAGGAGAUUUCGGUUGGAGCGUUUGAUGAGUUGGUGGCUUUGGAAGAACUGGAUCUUUCCAAAAAUGCGUUUGUUUCUUUGCCAGAUGAGUGGCUGUCCCCGGAGCUGAGUCUAAGGAGAUUACAUUUGAAUAACAAUAUGUUUAAGAGUCUAGCAAGCUUGUCUUUGAGCAAAAGCAAGAAUUUGCAGUACAUCAACAUUGGUGAUAACCCGCUGACUUUGAUAGAUAUCAAAAUUUUGACGACUUUGCCGGAAAAUUCGACCAUAGAUAUUGGGAAAAUUGCUAGUGUUCCGAUUGGAUCUCCUUCUUAUUGUAAAACUUGUCAGAUUAAUUGUCCUAGUUUUUAUGGCUAAUAUUUGGCUUAAUAAGAAUUUAAAUCAGAAAACUCUUUAUUGUUUAUGAAACUUUUGUAAUUUUA